AUGGCUACAGGGAACAUGAACACCAUGCGCAAGCACUGGCAGAACAAGCACAGCUGGUCGCCAUAUCCCAGCCGUGGCCGUACAGCGCCACAAAAGCGUACGGCAGCACAGGAUGAGGUGGACAGAUCAUGCCAGAAGGUGCAGUUCCAGCAGGUAUUUGCAUCGCGCAAGGGCUCCCACUACAUACAGAUCCAGACUAAGGAGACUACUGAGCACACCGGCACGCCAGACCAGAACAGAGCCAGCCAUGUCAUUGAUGAGCUGGAGCGGUUUUACCGGGAACAGCAACGGCAGACCAGCAAUGUCAUCCAGGCCGGGGAGCACGAUGAAGCCAACCCAUGGCUGCGGCGGACCAGAUGGCCGGUGUACUUGACCAACAUCGCACCCAAUGAUCUGGUCAACUGCGUGCAGCGGCCCGACGAUGACACCACGUGCCCAGAUGAACUGGCCGCGAGGGCCAUCUGGGAGGCCAUGGGGCAGGUUGCCCGUACCAGCCAGCGAGUCAUCACACGGCUGGGCCACUUCGUCCGCAUCGAGGCCAUCCGCACAGAGCGACACCAGACCCGGCACACCCCGUUGCAGGCAUACAUGGAUGAGGAGAGCAUCGCCGAGCACGUGAGGCCAUGGCAGCAGAUGUUGAUGUUUUUCGCCCGAACGCAGGUCGAGCAUGAAUGGACGAGCGCACAGUACCGGUUCACACCACGGCAGCGCAAGACAUGGAGGGUAUUAUGGCAGGUAGCCACCACAGAGGGAGCCGACCAGCGACACUCCAUCAGCCCAGACCCCAUGGAUGAGCAGAUGACUGAGGAAGAAGAAGAGGAGGAGGUGGUGGUGGAGGAGGAGGAGGAGGAGAAGAGACAGAGAGAUACCCAGUCAGAAGAAGAAGAUAAGUUCAAAUUAACCAAGAUUCAGAUGGCAUGUUUGGAUUUUUGCAUUGAGCUGCUGAACCAGUGGGUUCAGAUAGAGGAUUAUGAGUGCGCGCUGAUAGACACGUUGGCGGUGCUGGGACGGGGGGAGUAUGGAUGGCGCGACGCGGAGAGCUACCCACCAAUAUUGUCACGGAUCAUCAAGGUGGCACGGUUCAUGGUGGUGCACAAGGCGCUGCGACUGGACGCCAAUGCAUCCGACAUGCUGGCCAGGAACCAAGCAAGCCAGAUGGUGGGAGAGUGGGCCGUGGUGAGCCCCAUGGAGGAGGCGGAUUACACGUUCACAGCAAUCAGAAUGAAGGGUAAUCAGUGA